UGUGAAUGGACCCAUAGCAGCAUCGCCGCUCUCGGAUGGCUGUUUCUGUAGCAACAGGGGAAGGGCGUGCAGAGCGCUGAGGUAUAAAACACAGACAGUUUCUCAAACCAGACUCAGAAACUCUGAGCUGCCUGCCAAUAACCACCACGAACUAACUCCAGAUCAUGAUGCUGAGGCCGAAGGACUUGUGUCAGGGAUCUGGCACCAAAACCUUCCUGGAAGCCAUGCAGAGCGGGAAAGUCCACUUGGCUCGGUUCGUCCUGGAUGCGUUGGACGGGCGCAUCGUCAACGGGAAAGCCGAAAACGGGCGUACGCUUCUAAUGCACGCCGUGUGCCUCCAAGAGCACUCAACAAGAUCCAAAUUCACCCAAUUGCUACUGGAGAAAGGGGCGGAUGUGAACGCCCGGGAUGACCACGGACGCACGUCCUUGAGUCUGGCAUGCGAACACGGACACUUGGAUUCGGUGAAGCUCCUGGUGCAAUUCAACGCUGAUCCAGAGCUCACGGACACGUGGGGAAACAGUGCCCUCAUGUACGCCGCAUGCGGAGGACACAGCCAAAUCUUGGAGUUCCUAGUCCGGGCGUUCAAGAAGCUGGGUUUGCGACUGGAUCGCACGAAUCACGCAGGCCACUCGGCCAUCCAAGUUGCUGACUUCUUUGGGCACAACCAGUGCGUUCAAACACUCAACGGGUGCGGAAAGAAGACGGUGAGUCCCACGAACAGCACGGGAGAACCCGCCGAAGACCUACGGUGGCCCAAUCGCCUCCCAAAGCAGGUUCUGGAGAGGUUCUCCAAACAAAUCCAAAGCAAACACGAGGAAAUCCUUCCGGCCUUGUUUCAGAGACAGCUGCGCGUCGGCGACAGCAACGGCCUGCGGAUCCGCUUCAGACGUCCAGACGCCAACCAAAGCCUCAGCGGAUCCGAAGACGGAGCAGAUCUGCUGUUCGCUUCGAAACAGAUUCAGAACUCGGUGCUGAAAGAGGUCGGAUCUGCAGAACGCGAGACGGAUGGCGACGCGCCGCUUUGGGGGAAAACGAGGUCAUUUAAUCUUGACCUCAGAACCGGAAGGAAACAGUCCUAUCAGGGAGACGUGCAAGAAACCAACAGAUCUGCGAGCAAAUUCAAAAGAGCGUCGCUGCAAGACGAAAAACCGCUUGCGGCAAAGUUCUACAGCACAAAAACGACUGACAACUUCGAAAUCAGAAAAGAGGUGCAAAAGCGUGGCAGCGUUCCCAAAUCGACCAGGCAGAGCAAACUUCUACUCAGUCGUGAAGAACUCGAACCUGAAAGGAUCAAACCUCGCUCUUCUGGGCUCUCCGGAUUCGGAAACAGACUCCUGCGCAGAUUCACGGCUCCUGAAUUCAUGCGACACAUCACAGACUCUCCCAGAGACGCCGGACACGGUAAAGGGAAGAUGUCCCGGUCCGAGACCUUCCCGUUCUCGCACACACACAUGAUAGUGAACAGCCAGCCGAGUGUGGACAGCAUCAGCGUGGUGAGAUGCGAGUUUGAGAGCAAUCCUGCUCUUAAAUGAGCUUUUAAACGCACCAUGUUUAGACUAAAACACUCAUGUGGGCAUUUAGAAAGAUGUUUAUGACUAUCACAGAGACAUUAUAAAUAGCCAUGAGUGUAAAAACUCGAGCUCUCUUGAGACUUUUAACUGCUGCUGCUCUCAAGGUCUUUCACUGCCUCUGUAGAUUCAUUAACUUACUUCGGCUAAUUGAAUUACUGCUGACAUUAUUAUGCACUGCUAAAGAGUGUCUGUGCAUUACAUGCUUUUAUCAUGCACGCAUGUUAUAGCCUAUUUUUAUAAGCAAAGUCAUUUGUGAUUUGUAUGCAUUAAAAUACAGUUUUGUAUAUCUAUGCAUAGCCUAUCUAUGAUGUAAAUAGUUUAUAUUCUGCAUUCUUUGAUAGACAAAUAUAAUAAAGCAAAUGUAUAAACUGUAUGAAAGAGACAAAUAAAUGAAUAAAGCAUUUGUGUACGCUUCAAGCAUCUGUGUAUAAGAAAUAAAACUUGAUAUCAGUGUUUUUUUUAUAUGCAUGAUUUAUUCUUUAAAAAAUUUAAACGUAUAGUUCUCUUCAUCGACAACUAACACACAAACAAGCACACGACACAUGUUGUGGAAAGAAGGCUGAUUAUGAGUCAUGUGUCCUCGACUGCGUCAUGUACACAAACACAGAGCUG